GUGUUGUUGUGUGUGAGCCGAGUGUGUGUGAGCCGAGUGUGUGAGCUGUGGCAGUAACAAUGCCUUCAGUUCAGUAUCUGAGAGAGUUUAUCAACGAGCGACUAACUGCUGCUGCUGAACAAAUAUUCUUGGAGUUUGAAAAAACGAUCGUCCAGUACGAGGAAGAGAUCGACCGUCAGCGCAGACUGCUGGAUAUCACCUGGAAACCCCAAAUCAAGCUGCACAGGACAGACGUCCCACAGCAGCAUGUCUGUGAGGAUAAGAAGGAGGAGGAGGAGGAGGAGGAGGUUCUCCCUGAGCAGCAGCUCUGGAACCAGGAGAGGAGCUCCAGUCUGGAGCAGGAGGAAUCAGAACCUCCACAGAUUAAAGAGGAACAGGAGGAACUGUGCAGCAGUCAGGAGGGAGAGCAGCUGGGACUGAAGGAAGAGACUGAUACCUUCAUGGUGACUGCUGCUGCUGAGGAAAGUGACCACAGUGAACCAGAAGCAGACAGUGAACAGCUUCCAUCUCUCAGCUCUGAUAACUUUUUUUAUACCAAAUCAAAAGACACAGAAGACAUUAGAAUUUUUUUCCAGUACAAAGAAGAGAUCAACAAUCAACAAAGGCAGUUGGCUGUCAACUGGAAACCUGAAAUAAAGCUCUACAGAAUAGAUGGCCCACAGCAGCCUGUCUGUAAGGAGGAGGAGGUUCUCUCCGAGCUGCAGCUCUGUGACCAGGAGAGGAGCUCCAGUCUGGACCAGGAGGAACCAGAACCUCCACAGAUUAAAGAGGAAGAGGAGGAACUCUGCAGCAGUCAGGAGGGAGAGCAGCUGGGACUGAAGGAGGAGCCUGAUACCUUUAUGGUGACUGCUGCUGAGGAAGGAGAGCACAGUGAACCAGAAGCAAACACUGACCAGCUCCCCUCUCACAGCUCUGAUAUUUUUACAUUUAUUCAGUCCAAAUCUAAAGAAAUAUUUGAAGUUAUUAAUAAUUCUAUCCAGUACGAGGAAGAGAACGACCAUCAGCACAGACUCAUGGAUAUCAGCUGGAAGCCCAAAAUACAGCUUCACAUUACAGAGGGAGAGCAGCUUGGACUGAAGGAGGAGACUGAUACCUUUAUGGUGACUGCUGCUGAGGAAGGAGACCACCAUGACCCAGAAGCAAACACUGACCAGCUUCUUUCCCACAGCUGUCCUAUAAAUGAGAGCCAAAAUCAUGAAGGAAGCUGGAAUUUAGAUUCAGGGACAAAUAGUAACUCAGAGAAUCUGUGUAACUCUGACACAGGAAAAAAGUAUUUAACAUGUGAUUUUUGUGGAAAAUCCUUUAAUGAAAUGUACAAAAUGAAUCGACAUCUGACAAUACACACAGGUAAGAAGCCAUAUUCUUGUGAAACAUGUGGGAAAAGUUUCACAGUGAAGGGUAAUCUGACUGUGCACAUGAGAACGCACACAGGUGAGAAGCCUUAUUCUUGUGAAACGUGUGGGAAAAGUUUUUAUUUGUCAUCAUCACUUAAAGACCAUAAGACUGCCCACACAGGUGAGAAACCAUAUUCUUGUAAAACAUGUGGGAAAAGUUUCAGACACAGGGGUAAUUUAAAUAUGCACAAGAGAGCACACACAGGUGAGAAUCCGUAUCAUUGUAAAAUAUGCAGCAAGAUGUUCAGACGUAGAAGAAGUUUAUCGGCGCACAUAAGAAUGCACACAGGUGAGAAGCCGUAUUCUUGUGAAACUUGUGGAAAAAGUUUUUAUUUUUCAUAUUCACUUAAAAGACAUAUGACUGCCCAUACAGGUGAGAAGUUGUAUUCUUGUAAAACAUGUGGGAAAAGUUUAACACAGAAGGGUAGUUUGACCAUACACAUGAGACUGCACACAGGUGAGAGACCGUAUCAUUGUAAAAGAUGCAGGAAAAAAUUUAUAAGUAGUGGUCGUUUAUCGGCACACGUGAAAAGAGCACACAAGUGAGAAACCGUAUCAUUGCAAAAGCUGCUGGAAAAUGUUCCCAUACAGAAGUCAUCUGUUUGGACACACGAGUACUCACUUCGUUGACAAAGCAUAUGUUUGAGAAGUCGUAAUCUUGAAGCAUUUAGAGAGAACAACAUCUGAGAAGCCAAGCAUGACAGAAGAGCUAAGGAUUUAUACAUGUUCACAGGAGAGCUGUUCAGAGAAUAUUUAUCUAUAGGCUGGUUGAAACUCAAUUUGAAUAUCAAGUUUUAUAUUUGCUGUCUAUUCAUGGAUAACUGAUGGCUUUUGCUGAUUUGGAGUUGGUGUCUUGUGAUGUAAAACUGCAUCUGAGCUAUUUGUUUUUUUUAAUAAAUAGAAAAUGUUGAAGGUUUUUUUAUUUUGUUUUUUACAUUUUGUAGCUAUUCAGUUUAUUUGGUUCAUAUCGCUUUUGGUUAUUUAGUUCAUUUCAACUGACUUUGUUUUGUUUUUGUUUGUUUUUUACUUUUCAGUUUUGUAAGAAUGUAGACGUUGUUAUGCGAUCAUCAGGUUUUACCAGUACCAGCAUUGGGGAGGGUCUUUGUCUUGUUGUGUUUUAUCUGCAUAGCAGUAACUAAUGAAAGAAUAUUUUGACAGUAAUAAAGUAGAACAUUUGUGUACCCUUGGACUCCUCCAGCCUGCAGCAAAGACCUCGUUCCUGUAGCUGCACAUAUGUUUCUCUGCUUGAGAGCACAGUGUGAGGCAAAGAUGUUUUUCCUGCAUCAUGGGGACCUGCCAGAGCUGAGGAAGGCUGGUUUGAGCUCAACUUUCAUUCAGCACCGCUUUAAAAGAUCAAAGAGGGUUUUAAGCAGAGUAGAAUAAGAUGGAAUAGGGAUAAGUGAUAAGGGUUUACUUCAAUUGUAUCCUUUAUAACUGUUGAAUAGAUUUUUAUAUAUUAUUGCUGUUAGCCUUCUGCCUGCAUUAAAUAAAUUGAAUCUAUGAUUAUA